AUGAUAAUGGAACGCGCGCAGGCACAACAACACAUGGUGUCGGUUUCAGGUGAUGCGCCCAAAAAACCGCCGCGCUUAAAAGCCAGCAACGGCGACAGGCGCGUGCGGAGUGACGCAAGCGUUGAAGAACACAGCAUCGCGGCGCAGAGUCUGGACAAGUCGGGUAAUGGUAAAUCGAAGAAGCGCCUACAAUUCCAAAGUCCGCUAUUGACGAUGUCAACUACUACACCGCACCACCCAGCAACUGCAACGGUGACACGGUCAACACGUGACAUUGCCAGCGAAACCGUUAAAGAAGACUACAGGCAACGCGGUAUGCAUGCCAAACAGCGCGCCAGCAACAGAAAGAAAGAAAGAACAGCAACGCCAAUUGUUAGUGAUAGUGUGGCAGCUUMUACUGCAACGCCUAUAUUUCCUGCGAGACCGACUUCGACACCGACACCGCCGGCUAUAAAAAACGUCUACACGUUGACAGCGCGCAAAGCGACAGCUGCUGCAGCGAAAACACCAGCAUCAGCGCCAGCAACAAUAACAACAACGGCGACAGCUGUAUACAACAUCAAGGUUGGCGGCGAGGGCGUUGACGAAGGCGGCGCGCAAAUCCGCUUGGCGCGCGGCUGCACAAGCCUUAUGUAUGCAUGUCAACAUGGCGACAUUGCCGAAGUUUUGGCACAGCUGCGUUCGCGGUCGUUGGCUUUUAUUAUUGUUCGCCAACAAAAGCUUUUGUUUUUCUGGAAUUGGUGUUGCUUGCGCAACAUUGCGGCGAAAGAGCCGGAACGCAUACGUCAACGUGACAGUCGCAACAAAAACGCACUACACUAUUGUGCCGCGCAGAACGCAGAGACACGUGAACUCGUGGCGGCUGCCAGCAUCGCCGUCGCAGCUCCAGAGUUGCUGGAGUCUGCCGACGAGGAUGGCUUUACGCCGCUUCACUUGGCUGUUAUUCAGGGCAACUUGGCGAUGGUCAAUUUGCUGCUGGCGAAUAAAGCCGACGUGAAUGCGGUCGAUAACGAGGGCCACUCUGUGGUGCAUUGGGCGACGGUUUGCGGUGAAGUGGAGGCUUUGCGUUCGGUGCUGGCGGCUGGUGCGAAUAUUGCGAUUCCCGAUUUGAACGGUGGCACGCCACUACAUUACGCGGCGCAGAUGUGUGGCGCCAUUGUUGACAACAAAGUGGGUCAAGCUAAUGCCACUAAGCUGGCGUUGGAGAUACUCGGCAUUCUGCUUUCACACCCGCAUUCCAGUGUUGACGUACAGGACAAAGACGGUCGUCAGCCGCUGUUGUGGGCCGCUUCGGCGGGUUCCGCGAAAGCUGUCAUUGCUCUGGUGAAGGCUGGAGCACGUGUGGAAAGCGCAGAUAAAGAUGGCUUGACGGCGCUACAUUGUGCGGCCUCACGUGGGCACACUGAAUGUCUUGACACACUGAUAAGCCUUUGUGGCGCGCCAACGGACCUGAUUGAUUCGAACGGCUGCACGGCCCUGCAUUACGCUGUUACGCUGGGACAUGCCGAUGCCACCGCACGUCUGCUCGAUUUAGAUGCCGAUCCGAAUCGGCAAGACCGCAAGGGACGCACACCGGCRCACUGUGGCUGUGCAAAGGGCCAAUUCGAAACGGUUAAACUGCUGAAGGAACGUGGCGCAAAUUUGUGGUUGCGCAAUGCUAAAGGCGACUUACCGGUGCAUGAGGCGAGCUCAUCGGGCAGACGUGAGCUUGUCGAGUGGUUGUUGGAACAGCGACCCAAGCACACUAAUACCACAAGCAAUGACGGACGCAGUCUCCUACAUAUUGCCGCGAAUAAUGAUUACACCGAUGUGUGUAAAAUACUGCUGGACUAUGGCGGUGAUAUCAAUGCCAUAUAUCGCAGUAGCAAGGGGAUGGUUUUCACACCCCUCGACUGCGCCUUACAAAAGGGACAUCGCGCAACUGCCAAGUUUCUGCAGUCGCAUGGCGGUUUGCCAGCCAGUAAGCUGCGCUUGGCAGCACGACGGGCGAAUCCAUUUAACGAGGUCAGCAGCGAUAUGGUGCGUCCGUUGCGAUAUGUGGAGAAGGAGGAGCUCCACGAUUUACAAAACUCCAAAAAAUAUGUUGUCUACCUGAAACACUCAGACUCGGAUGGUGCUGGUGGAGAGGGCGACAGCAACUGCAGCUGCCACGAGCAAACCUAUCGCAGAGAACAAAAGUUUGCCCACACCUGUCGACGUCAUCAACACACUCGACGGCGGCAAAGUCGACGACGCACCAGCAGUUGUGGUGACCCGAAAGAUUGCCACCAUCAUGACGACGGGGAAGUUGAUAUUUGUCGAUCUAAAAGUAAUAUUGAGAUAAGGCGUAGAAAGUCACGUGAGCGUUACGCUAGCUCAAGCGAAUGGGAGGAUAGAGCCGACGAAGACAAUGAAGAGGACGAAGAUUCUUGUGAGAAUUGUUGCUAUCACAAGCGGCAGAAACAACGUGUUAUACGAAGGAAAUCCAUAUCAACACGACGUUCGAAAGAGCGCGAUGGGCGAGAACGUGGCAGUGAAAAAGAGUCUUCACCGGAGAAAACUAAAGUAAGAGAGAUUGAAGUAGUACGAGAAUGCGAGGAAAAAGCGCCAGACGUGAAGGCGGAUUCAGCAACACAGCCAAGUGAAGGUAAAGAAGAAGCUAAAGAAAAAGAUAGUCGUCCACAAUCGGCUACAGUACGUUUGUCAGCAAAUACGGCGGGUAUCACAGCAAAGGAAGCAACAUUUAUUAAGUCCACGCAGCAAACUGAAACACAAUCGAUGGAGUUGACGGAUGAAGAUGGAAAACCAGGAGCUGAGUUAGUAACUACACAAGUAGAUGUGCAUCUAGGAGCAGAUUCGACUUCUAUGACGCAGCCGCAGACAGAGCAUAUAGAAAUGGAUGAAGAGGUUAAUAAUGAGUCGGAAGAUAUGACCAAGUUGGCCGAUGAAAUGAAGAAAGAAGUCGAUCAGGUAAUGAAAAUAGCUGCUCUGGCGCUUGAAAGCGACGCGCAGAAGGGUGAAAAUGGUAAAGAGAUGGAAGAGCAGAAUGGAAAGCCGGCCGWUGUGGAGGAUAAAGAGUUAACAGAACAAGCGGCGGACACAGUGGAGACAAAUGWUGUAAAAAGUGAAGUAAAACCUACCGCACAACCUGAAGAAGCUACAAAAAUUGUACCUAAUCUAACAGAAACUCCAGCAACGCCAAUACCAACACCAUUGCCAAGUCCCAUACCAGCAGCAAUAGCUGAAGAACUUCCUACUUCAGCUGCUGCGCCCAACACGCCAACUCAAGCAGAUGAACCACCGUCCAAAGUCGAAGAAAUCAAAUCAUCAGAAACUGCAGAUGCACCCGAUGCUACUGCAACAGAAGCAGCGCCAGUUCAAACCAAUGACUCAGCCGAAGUGGCAGAAACUUCCAAAACCGAACCAGCUGCUGCAAUUACUUCCGAAGAAAAAUCCGCAGCAGAACCAACUACACUUCCGUCUAGCAAUACUUCCGUUAAGCAAUCACCACAAGUUGAAGCACAAAAACCGCCGCGUGAAUUAGAACCUCGACGUUCGUUCACCUUAUUGCCGUCUGAUUCAGCCGAAGAUGAGGGUGCCGAAGAAGUCGUGCGCAAAUCAAGCUUCCAAAUUUUGAAAAGUGAUGAUUCCGGCGGUGAAAGUGCCAGACACCAAGAAGAGCUCGAACUCAGUGACUCGCAGGUCUUCAAAAUUGUUUCGGAACCACAAAUGCGUUUAGGUAAGCCAUACCCAGAAACUGAAGCAAGCUCUAUGGACGACGAACAUAGAGAAGCUGCUGCCGACGAUUAUGAACAAGAUGAAGAUCACAUAGAUGAGGAUUACGAUAACGAGGAACUUAAGCAGAAUGCAGCAGGUGUGCUUAAUCGUCACGGCGUGGGAAACGCAGAGGGUACAUUGCCCAACAACGCCGUCCUCGGUGUCUACGAUUACUCGAACGGGCGUAAACGUCGUCUGAAGAAGCGUGUACGAAGCGGCCCAAAAACGCGUAGCAAUUGGAAAACCAAGACAGAUAUUACCGACGGAGAUGACGAGCAGACGGGAAGUUAUGCGCACGCUGCCCAAUCCAGCAAAGAUCACGAUUCCGGUUUCGAGCCAAGCCCUCGUGCUUCGAAGAGUAAAAUACCAACACCACGCAACAUAUACACGGCACAUGUGCCGCGACGUCACACCUACGCCACACUCGAUGGUCGUUCGCGCAGCGGUCGCGCGGAGGGCCGCAAGCCGGGCGAUCGCGGUGCCACUGAUAUGACAGCGGUUACGCGCUCCAUACAACGCAACAUCAGAAGGUAUUAUAUGGAGCGCAAGAUCUUCCAACACCUGCUGGAAUUGAAGUCCCUUCAAAUUCGCUCCACCAAACUGAACGAAGCCGUGCUGGUGAAGCGCGCCGUUGACGAUUACCACAAAUCAUGUGCUGCACUGGGCGGUGAGACGGGCACRCGCUUGCGGCGCUAUCCAUUCAGCGAGUACACAUUCAAGAAUUUCGAGUUGUUCCUCUACGAGACACUGAAGGCACUACAGAAGCCGGGCACCUAUAAUUUCCAGAACAUCAACGAGGUUUACGAGGAGGCGGAACGCCGUUUGAGUCCCGAUUACAACGCUUACGAGAAGGCGCUGCAGUGCACAACCAAGACCCACCGCUGCCUGCAUGCUGCCCACGCCUACACUGGCAUACCGUGCGCCGCUUACAUACCCAUGAUGAACCAUCACACAAUGCCGAAGUUCGGUUUUGGYGCGUACAAGAAGACCGGUGUGGGGAGUUUCUAUCUGCCGAAGAUACUGAGCAGCGGCGGUUGCGGCGGCACGGGUGGCAGUGGCGGUUGUGGUGGCGGCAAAGUUGCGYUGGAGCUAUCGCAUGGCAAGAGCAAACAACUUAUUUCAUUGCCCUCGGACAAGUUGGACAGUAAUAAACGGUACUACGUCACAUUCACCGUGAAGGAGUCGGUUGGCGGUGGUGGCGGUGCGGCGAUGGGCGCCACAACUGCGGCAGGUKGUGGUGGUGGCAGUGCAACGGAUGCCGCCGGUGUUGCAGCCGAUAAACAGGCAACUGGCGGAUGUUGCGGUGGCAACGAUGCAACCGGAAAGUAAAACAACACAAACAAUCAACCCAAAUGCUUGCUGUUCGCUGUCUACUCCUCUAGCCAUGCACUUCCCCAACAGCCGGACAAGUUAAUAACAAACGGAAAUCAAAUGCAAUAAUGUCGUGUGCACUACCGCCGCGCGCACGCCAUGCACGUUGGUGGCCAGCAAGCGGAGUGCGUUGUGUUGUAGCGAGUGUAGGAGAGAGAGAGCGACGAGAGGUUGUGUGUGUUGUGCUMCUGAAAGCGCUAAGCAGCGCUGCGUAAAAACUUUAGCUUUUGAUAGCUGCAUCAACGAAUAUAUGUAUACCAUAUAAAUAUAUGUAUUCAUAUGUAKGUAUAUGGAAAAACCGGGGGGAAGUUAGCGCGCAGCGCGGAUUUGUUGCUUCAUUGGUUGCAGUUCAACUUUUGCCAGUUUUGUGUUAAGCUCUCUUUGUUUUUUCGUUGCUUUUGAGGGUAGUUGUUGCUGUGCAGUAAAACAUUAAUACCGUAUACGCAGUUACAAUUUUCAUUAAUUUUGAGUUAAGUUGUUUUUACCCCUUUUUUUUAAGUGAUUAUCAACUAGAUUAAUCAAAUUUACAAUUUUUAUAGUAUUUAGUUAUUUAGUAAAUUGGUAUUAAGUCAGUUGACGGCCGAAAUGCGAGAGUACUGGUUUUGCCGAAGAUUUUGUUGUUGUCUACUAGUCAGAGAAGCAACAAGUCAUAACUUAAAUUUUAAUAUGCUAAAUAUUUUAUAUAUUUUUUUCAUGGGUUCAGGCUUGUUUUGGUCAAGUUAUAAAAACUUGGCGGAAAAUAUUGUUUUUUUUUAUAUUUUAAUUUUAAUAUUUCUUCAAUUUAUGACGUUCCUUCGAAUCGACAAAUAUUUCUCUUGCACACAUACCAAAAUCGCAAGUUCCAUUUAAAAUUUUCUUCUGUAUAUACGAGUUACGCCAGCAGAAACUACUGAGAAAUAUCCGUUUCGUAUUUCACUUCCAUAAAAUAAGCUUGCGUGUUUGCGAGUGCCGCGGCACUUUAGGGUCCAGUAUGAUUUUAUUGAGUUCUCUCUUGCUUAACUGCGCUUAAAAGUUGCAAAAUUCUUUUGGUAACUCAGUCACUUCAUUAAGAAGUUUUUGUAUUGCUCGAAGGACAAUGUUCUAAAUGUUUUAUUUACGCACUGAAAGUAAAGCGUCAGUGUGUUGUUGCAGGCGGAACUGGGUGGCAACCGAGCAAAAGUGUAUAAUUUUUGAAUUUUGUAAGACUGCUUUUCAGUUAUGUUACUUAAUGUUUUAGUCUUCUUGUAACCGUUAUGUGCUCAAUCAAUGAAUAGUGCUUUUUUUAACGCKUGAUGACUGAGAUCAUUUAAAGUAACAAAAAUAUAUUUUUCAAAAUUUCCCUGUGCAAUGCACAUGAAGUGUACUGAGCAGAGUGCACCCUGUCGUAUGAGCAACUUAUUGUAUAAAAUGUAAGUUGAUACCAAUCGAACUGUCUGUUGUCUUUCUACAAAAUCGUGUUAAUAUYGACAUCAUAUGCAGUACUCACGUACUCAAUUGAGUAGCCUCUUUUUUCGUCCUUACAUCCUUAUCGAACGGAAACUUCCAUUUUGGUAUUCGUAUCGUGGCUCGUAUCGUGCCCAAACUGUAGACCCUUGCACGUAAAUAUACCAACAAAGGUAACGAUAUAUAGAAAUUGUCGAUGUAGAGGAUGUGAUUAGCAAAAUCAGGUAUUGUUUGUGAUAGUGGUAUAACGUCAUUUACAGUACUUCCGAGAUCCGGCUGACUUGGUAAAAAGAUGUUAACGCCAGCGUCGUUAUAGACUUCGAAGCGAUACGCAAAUCCAAUGGACUCACACAAGACGAACAAUUUUAUUCCCCAAUUGUGGGCAUAYACUGCCGAAGAYGAUGUUUUAAUUUGGUGCUACACAUGUGUCAAGUGUCAAGCUUUGUGAUACGUGGCGGUAAGCGUGAGUUACCGCGGAAAGCCACUACAUUCACAUGAAGCGCAAAUUUUGAAUAAAAACCAAAAAUCUGAASCUGUAAAACUACGAGAAGAGAAAAUGCCUAAGGGACCAGUAAUUUCCAGGGUUGGUAAUGGAGAUCGUGGUUUUCUUUUUAAAUAUAUUGCUGUCAAUGAC